AUGGCAGAUGUUGAAACUGAGAAAGGUGGAAUGUAUUUCGUUUAUGGUUAUGGUGGGACAGGAAAAACAUUUUUGUGGAAGAUAAUUUCAGCAGCUAUACGGUCCAAGGGCGAGAUAGUUCUAAAUGUAGCAUCAAGCGGUAUAGCUUCAUUGCUACUACCUGGUGGUAGGACUGCACACUCCAGGUUUGCUAUACCAAUUGCUGUUAAUGAAGAUUCCACUUGCAACAUCAAGCAAGGCAGUCCACUUGCUGAAUUGAUAAUCAAAUGCAAACUAAUCAUUUGGGAUGAAGCUCUGAUGAUGCACAAACAUUGUUUUGAAGCAUUGGACCGAACAAUGAGAGAUUUAAUGCGUUUCAAGAAUUCAAGGAGCUCAACAAUGACAUUUGGCGAGAAAACAGUGGUGUUGGGUGGAGACUUUAGAAAAAUUCUACCCGUUAUUCCAAAAUGUACUAGACAAGAUAUAGUGCAAGCCAGUAUUAAUUCAUCUUACCUGUGGAAUAAUUGUGAAGUUCUUCGUCUAACCAAGAAUUUAAGAUUGCGAGGUCUUACUAAUGAAAAGGAUGUUCAGAAGUUAGAUAGUUUUGCCAAAUGGAUUGCGGAUUUAGGUGAUGGUAAUCUUGGUGAAGACAAUGGUGUUGAUUGCAAUAUAAUGAUACCGUCUUUAAUUGUAUUAGAAAACGAGGUUGAUCCUAUUAGGCAAAUUGUUGAAAGCACAUUUCCUGAGUACCGUUCUGGGAACAUGGAAGAAAGACAACUGGAGAAUAGAGCUAUAUUAGCUCCAACAUUAGAUGUUGUUGAUGAGGUCAAUGAAUACAUGAAUGGUAUUAAUCAAGCUGCUUCAAUGACAUACUUGAGUUGUGAUUCUGUUUGCAAGGCGGAGUCAAACUUUGAUAUGCAAUCUCAAGUACACACAACAGAAUUUUUAAAUAGCUUGAGGUGUUCAGGUGUACCAAACCACUCUCUAACGCUGAAAGUUGGAACUCCAGUUAUGCUGUUGAGAAAUAUAGAUCACUCAAUGGGGUUGUGCAAUGGUACAAGGUUAAUAGUAACACAGUUGGGAAAUCAUGUUAUUGAGGGAAAAAUUAUAGCUGGGAAUAACGCAGUUUCUCGGGUCAGUAAUCCAGAUGGUCUUAAGCUCGAACUUUACAACAUCGAGCUCACCAGAAAGCUAUCGGCUGGGUUUGGGAACCUGACGAACCUGGAAUGUCUAGAUGCUUCCACAAAUUAUCUCUACGGUGAUCUCACCAAGAUUAGGCACUUGACCCAACUGCCAUCACCUUUCGGUUUUGAGAAAUUUCGCUCCAAACCACAGGCGUAUUAUACCAAUAAGAGCAUCGGUAACGGUGUCGCGUAUUAUGGUGCUCGGAGCGAGGAAGUGGAUGAUUCCAAGCCUCCGUCUGUCAAUCAUGUUUAUAUUUCUCCGGCUCUCUAUAUAACUCCAGUACUAGCUUCGAUCCUCGAGAUUUCCUUUGCACCGCUCUCGUCGUCUCCGUAUGUCGUUAAUCAGAAGCGUCGUGGAGGAGAAUGUCACAUGAACGGGAAAAUCGAUGGAUUUCAAGUGAAAAUGAGCAGGAGAAUGAGGAGGUAA